GCCUUAAAUCAGUGUUCAAACGUUCACGGCUCGUGCUCACGACCUUGAAAUAAUAGGCCGCAGGCAUGUUAAUUCCUCGACACAUUGGUCCAAAAUAUGUCAACAGGGUGACGGUCAAGCAAAUCGCACGUUACUUGAAUGGUCCGGGAAAUAGUACAGCCAAGCCCCGUUCGCAGCUCGCAUUCGCAUUCGACAUCGAUGGUGUUCUCCUUCGUGGAAAGGACCCCCUGCCUGCUGCCAAAGAGGCGUUAUCGAUCCUUGAUGGCAACAAUAAAUUCGGCCUCAAGAUACCCUUUAUUCUGCUCACCAAUGGCGGUGGUGUAAGCGAAGAGGAACGGUGUCGCAAGUUGAGCUCGCAGCUUGGCGUACAGAUUCAUUCUGACCAAUUCAUACAGUCUCACACUGUUCUGAAGUCUAUUGUACACAACUACGUUGACGUGCCAGUCUUGAUUCUUGGAGGCCAGGGUGAUACCCUUCGGAGGGUCGCGGAAGGAUACGGCUUCCGGAAAGCUUAUACUACCCUUGAUAUUCUCAAUUGGAACCCAUCGAUAUGGCCUUUUCAUAACCUCACACAAGAAGAACGAGCAUCCGUCAGGCCGGCCGACUUUUCGAAGAUCCAAUUUGGCGCAAUCUUUGUCUUCCAUGAUCCUAGAAAUUGGGCUCUCGACACCCAAAUCAUGUGUGAUGUGAUCCAGGGUAGCAUUGGGGGAUCUCAUGAAACCAAUCAUACACGAAAACCUGUCGACCUAGUAUUUUGCAAUCCCGAUUUAAUAUGGCAGUCGGAUUUUGAGGCUCCUCGUAUGGGCCAAGGAGCUUUUAGAGUUGCAUUCCAGGCUGUUUUCCAGUCAUUGACAGGGUCCACAUAUCCCUACAUCCAAUUUGGCAAACCAACUGAGGCCACGUACAAUUUUGCCGAGGUUAUGCUCAAGCAUCGCUUACAGGGUAUACCCAAAUCAUCGUUGUACAUGGUGGGCGAUAACCCAGAAUCUGAUAUAGCAGGUGCCAAUACUGCAGGAUGGAAAUCAAUUCUAGUUCACACAGGUGUAUACGAUCCCCAUCGUGGACCUCCAAGUCACCAGCCCACUCACCAAGCAGGGGAUGUCUCAGAGGCAGUUCGUUGGGCGUUAGAACAAGAAUUCUGCUAAUAAAUUACUGAUAUGGGACAAAUUUUACAUCACGGUAGAUGCUAUUAUCUCUUCCACCGAUCAGUCAUAGAGUGAUGAAGCUGAUACAUGACCCUGAAGGUGGUAUCGACAAGACAGUGCGACGGGGAGCAUUGCCCGA